AUGGAUUUAAUACACAAGAUAUGUCAACGUGUUCAUCGUAAUCAAUUACCUUAUCAAUCACUUUUAAAAUUAUCUGGAAAACAAUUUUGUAAUAAAUAUUCAUCAACAUUAAUUAAAGCAUAUGGACCUGCUGCAAUAUUUUCUUUAUCUUCAAAUAAACAAAAUCUUUGUCAAUUAAAUUAUCAUCAUGAAGGUGGUGUUCGUUAUUAUUUUACUCAACAUGAAAUUCUAUGUGAAGCAAUUCAUUUUGCUUUACCAUCUUGGUUUUAUAAUGAAUUUCCUAAAAAUUCUUCUUUAUGUCAUUGUAAAUUAUCUUCAAAUUUAAAGAAAGAUGAAUCAAUUGAUUUGAAUUUAUAUAAUCAUGAAACUAUUCAAAGAUAUAUUCAAAAAUAUCUUCAACUCAAUACUCAUCAAAAAGAUUUUGGAAAUGAUAUUUUUAUGGAUAAUAAUCGAUCUGAAUCUGCAAAUUAUGAACAAAUACCAAAUAUGAUUGAUACACCAUCAUCAUCUAAUGAUCAAUCAAUAAAUGAAGAAAUUAUCAAGAAUAACAAACACAAUGAAUUUAUAAUAAAAAGAAACAAUAAACAAUAUAAAAUUGAUGUCAAGAAAAUCUUAUAUUUAUCAAAUUUAAAUAAACAAAUAACGAAAAAUGACCUUCGAUCUUAUUUUAAUGGUUUAACAAAAAUUAUUUUAAAACAAAGUCAAUUAUCACCAUAUCUUAAUUAUGUAUUUAUAUUUCAUCGUACAAAUCUUCAAGCUGAAUAUAGUCAAAAACGAGCAAAUAGUUCUUCACGUUUUGGAUCAAAUUCCCAAAUAGAAUUUGUUAAAAAUUUUUCGGAACUUUCAAAUGAAAAUAAACUUGAUGAAAAGUGGAAUAUUGUUACUGAAAAUGAUUUUAAAAAGUUAUUUUUUAAUUCUGAUAAAAUAAAGUAUAUUUCAGCAAGAAUUGUUUAA